AUGGAUCAAGAGCAACGUCAAGCUAUCCUCGAUCAUUGGCAUACACUAGCCGAAUCGAUGCCCAGUAAUGAUAUGACAAAUAGUCUAAUUACAGAAGGAAUACUCUCGCCAAAUGAUUUACAGGAAAUUAAUGCCAAAGAAACUGAAAACAAGAAGAAUACUACCAUUUUGACUAAAAUUUUAGCCUCAGUAUCGCCUGAUUGCUAUGCCAUCUUUAUUGAUGCUUUGAGACAGAUUCCCAAUAAGAACAGCCGAUUAGCAGACAUGAUUGAAAGCCGUUUUAAGAAACAAGCUUCCGCUGAUUAUAGAAGCGACGCUAGUAAAUCGAAGAAUUUAUCAAGUGCUCAUAAACGACAAACAGUAGAUCAGUUAGAUAAGCUACCGAAAAAAUGCUCAAGAUCAAUGACUCAAGAGCAUCGUAAAAUGUUAAUAGACAAACGUAUAUUACUUACUCAAAAAUGUCAGGAUCAAAUCUUACCGAUAUAUGAAUAUUUACUUGGAACGAAUGUAAUAACAUCAUACCAUAAACAAACAAUCGAAUCUAAAUCGACGGCUUUUGAAAAAGUUUGCACUUUAUUGGAUAUUCUGCCUGAACGUGGCGAUAGAGCCUUUGAUGAGUUUUGCAAAGCUUUAACAAAUUUUAAAAUAACCGUAGAAAACUUCAAUACUGGGGUUGAUUUUGAAGACACUCGAAAAGACACAGAUGUUACUCAGCAAGGAUCUGACAGUGGAUUAAUACAUGCAAACCAGCAGGAUGAAGAUGAUAUUUCUCAAUACUUUUUUGAUGUGGCGGAACAUCUGGAAGAGGACUGGAUUAACUUAAAAUUAAAAUUAGAUAAUGCUGGAAAAAUUGAAAUCAAGAACAUUCAAGACAAAUAUAAGAAAAAUUAUGAUCAGGCCUAUGAAUUUUUAGAGCAAUGGUUAAUAAUUUAUGGCGAAAAUGCAACAAAAAAGCGAUUAAUCGGAGCAUUGAAAGCCAUACAAAGAAAAGAUAUAGCAGAUAAAAUAAAAUAA